AUGCCACGGUCUUCAAGUCCAUACUUAUUUGAAGAAUUAACGGGUGAAAUAGUCUUCUCGCAUUUAACAGCAAGCAUCUGUCAAUGUAUAGUGUUACCAAAAUUGCAUCAUCGAUCUCGUAUAUUCUUCUCCAAUAACAAAGAAUCAAGAUUAGUUUUCGAUUUAACUAAACAGAUGCUAUCGAUUGAUCAACAUCCAUAUACACGAUUUGAACAAUUAGAGACAGAUCUUUGCUUUCGCUUUCGUUUCAAUGAAUCUCUGCGACUGAAUAUUCCACCGAGUUUAAAGGAAGAUCUAUUCAUUAUUGGCAACUGA